CAUCAGAGACAAAAUGUCAAUGUCAAUGUCAUGAUGAUGAUCAAAUUUUAUAAAUUGAAAUAAUGAAUUAAUGAUCAUACAUAAUAGAUAUAUAUAUAUACAGAGGUAUUGCCAGCGUAUCUAUGUAGGUAGCAUCCCACUUUAACAUCCGUCCCAAGCUCCAAGGAACCAAGGACACCCCAUCAGGCCUCUUGCCAUCAUCCCUGAUAAUGUCAGUUGCUCAAGAAGAGCAGGCCACAUUGAUGGUGGCAAGAUACCGACGAAUUAUCUCAUAAAGCGACGUAUGUCUUGAAUGAUGAUAUGAUACUUGUACCGAUUUUAGUGUGUUUGCAGAUUUUCUUUGCUUUUUUUCACGUGUUUCGUUAAGUUAACAUAUUUUAAAUAAAAAUACCUCAAUUCUUCUGUACAAUUGCGACAAAUAACGAUUCCGACGAGAAGCGUUUUCAUGUAUAUUUUCAAGAAAUUUAACUUUGUAUACCACCAAAGAGGAUAUAACCCACUGGAAUGAAUUAAUAAAAUAUCGAACAAAAAAUCUAAAAUACAAACUACAAGGACAGAAAUUACCUGGCUACCUUCUUUAUUUACAUCUGAAGUAUAAACGGAAUGAAGUGAAAUUUAAUAUUGUAUAAAUGUGAUUUACCAAUUGGUGAAGUAAAUAGCGGCCUCAAGCGGAAAGCUUGUUUCCCCUGUGAUGUCACGCGGAAGAAUAAUUGGACCCACAGAAACCUAUUAUAACUAUUAUUACCUCGCUGGCGAGCUUCAUUGACAAACAUAUUUUACACAACUAGUUUUACAUUUAACUAGUCUAAUUUAGAUUCAAUACUUUGAAGUACAUGUUAAUUUUUUAAUGGGUAGGCUAUGCUAUUAGUUCGAUGCAUUAAUUUUUAAUUAGAUCAAAAUUCAUUAAAAUAAAAGUAAAGAUACUAAAUACUUAAUUGAUUAUCUUCAUAAUAUCUCAGUUGAAUCUCAGCGAGCAAAUAUGUAAAAAUGUAUUCAUCAAAUUGUAUAGGAAAAUGUUUGUCAUACAACUGAAAUGUAAGUUUAAGAAAGAAAAUCCUUUAACACGAAAUAUUCAGAAUAUGUAUACCGAAUAUCACGAAAACAUGAGUCAAAAUAUGAGGACCAGAUCUAAAUAUAACUAGUGUUAUCUGAUAGAACUGUAAGAAAUUAGACUAAACUGCAACAAAUGCUUUCACUGGACUGGCUAUGAAUUCAAAUAGUAAUAAAAAGAUCGCCGUUUGACCCGCGUAAUUGAAAAGCGGUCAUCGCCAUAUCACAGAACUGAUAUUCCUUUUCUUAUUGAGCACAUGAAUCAAGCAGACCAGCACACGCAUGGUCUCCGAUAAAGCAUUGUUGUUGUGGAUUCAGAUGCCACACUUAUGGUGGAAAGCUAUGACGAAUGCCCAAGAAGCGAUUCAACAACAGGAUAGGAAUUGGUGCGCGCCGCCAUCGCCAAACUGCGGCCUAAAUAUUGCCUGAAAAAUGGGACUACCAACAUUACACGCAAUGGCCUGCUAUACUUUUUUUAUGUUUACUGAGUGAUUGGAUCCAUAGCAAUUUACGCAACUCUAAUAAUAUUUUGAAAGACAAAAGUAGGCCACAUUUUUCCAAGUAACUUGAAAAAUGAAGAUGACACGAUGAGAGUUGUUAAAUCGGGAAGGAAGGUCCCUUGUCUAGGAUGGGUUGGGAUCCCCUGCGCGGCCAGUGCGGUGGUAUUUAUGCUCGUACGCGCAAGCGACGCGGUACUCGCGGGCCGGCGCCCGCACAUCCCCCACACACGCCAUAGGCAACAUGUCGUGGCAGGCAGCCGCGCUGGCACUGCUACUGCUACAGGUCUCCUGCAAGGAGCUGACAGAGCCCGCGAACGACCAGGGCCUGCCGCAAGCUCAGGACCCUAACUUCAGCGACGGAGAUGUCACUACGUAUGACGAGUACGAAACUGAAGCGGAUUUGGGAGACUUUCGAGGAUUAGGAACAGGACCUACUCGCAGACCUGUGUCUAUUGGAGUUAGAGGUGAACAGGCAGGAUACUCUAGAGUUAAAGUCAGUGUGCGCCAACUCAGGCUGGCGAGGGGACAAAGCAGGACAGUAGACUGCACUCCCGAGGGAUACCCUCUGCCGGUUAUCCAGUGGACUAAGGAAGAAGGCGGACUCAGUCAACGAAUCAGGCAAAGCGGGAAUCUACUGAUAAUAUCUAACGCCCAAGACGAAGACAGGGGAAACUACGUGUGCUCCGGACUUGUGGACGGAACUUCCGUCUAUACCGAUUAUCUUACCGUCGAUGUUGUAGGCGGCGAUACAAAUCCGCGCUGUAUCGACCAAGGCCGCUCGUGGGGGGAGGGCGAGACCUGGAGCCCCAACAACUGCACGCUCUGCCAGUGCUUCGGCGGCCGCACCAACUGCUCCGUGCUGCCCGCCUGUUUUACAGGGGAACAAGCGGGACCCUCCAGAGUUAGAAUUAGUGAGAGGCAGCUGAGGAUAGUAAGAGGACAAAGCCGGGCUGUUGAGUGCUCUCCUGAAGGAUUCCCUAUGCCGAUCAUCCAAUGGAGCAAGGAAGGGGGCGUGUUCGGAAAAGGAACCAGACAAAGUGGAAAUGCGCUGGUAAUAACUGACGCCCAUGAUGAUGACCGCGGAACUUACGUGUGCUCCGGGGUCGUGGCGGGAAGACCUGUCGUCAGCGAGUACCUCACUCUUGAAAUAGUAGCAGGUCAUGGUCACGCAGCUGCAGCGGGUACAUCCGUCCGCGGCGUGCCUGGAGCAGUCGGCGAGGAGGGCCCCCCGGGGCCGCCAGGCACUCCCGGUGCCAACGGCGUCCCCGGCGCGCCCGGCUUGCCCGGCCCUACGGGCCCCCUGCCAGAUGUGAAUGAUCAUCUGAGAAGACAAGUUGCAAGUAACGGAGAUAAAGGACCACCAUUCGAUCCAUAUAACUACAUGCAAGCUUCUGUAGGCGCUCCAGGCAUCAGAGGCAUACAGGGACCACCAGGACCACCGGGACCGCAAGGAUUUCAGGGACCGCGAGGCGAGCCUGGGGAGCCGGGUUUGCCGGGGCAGCAAGGACCCCCGGGUGAAAGAGGACCCCAAGGGUCAGCUGGAAAAGAUGGAGCUCCGGGCGACGACGGCGAGCCCGGACCGGCGGGAGCGGCAGGGCAGCCCGGCCCGCGUGGCGCCCCGGGCCUGCCCGGCAUCCAGGGCCUGAAGGGCCACCGUGGCUACGACGGCAAGGACGGUGCCAAGGGUGACCAGGGUCCAACUGGAGAAAAGGGACCAACCGGCCAGCCUGGAGUGAUGGGACCACCUGGACCUGUGGGCCCGAUGGGACCCCGUGGAGAGAGAGGUCGGGAAGGCUCUCCGGGAGCGCCCGGCAUGCGCGGCGUCGACGGUGUGGCAGGACCGCCAGGACCUGUGGGCAACGUUGGAAAACCCGGUGCUCCAGGAUUUCCAGGCGCACCAGGGCUAAAAGGCGAGCAAGGCGCAGUUGGCCCCCAGGGCAGCCAAGGCAUGCAAGGUCCUAGGGGAGAAUCAGGUCGGCCAGGGCAACCGGGAGAAGCCGGUCCGCAGGGCCUCGCUGGUCGCGACGGUGUCCCUGGGGAGAAAGGCGUGGCCGGGCAACCAGGAAAUGCGGGGCCUCAAGGCUUCCCUGGCCCCAGAGGCUUACCCGGUGUAGCUGGCGACCCAGGAAUUCAUGGCGCCAAAGGAGAACCGGGUCAAAUUGGAGAAAGAGGUAUUAGAGGUGAAUCGGGCAUUAGAGGAGAACAAGGUGCUCCGGGACCACGUGGUCUUCCAGGAAGUGUAGGGCCUGAGGGCAAACGUGGCAAGCGAGGACUUCGGGGACCUGCUGGUAACAUUGGACCUCAAGGAGAAAGAGGUCAACCAGGUUUGAGAGGUUUGCCAGGUCCUGACGGCCCGAUUGGAGCUAGGGGCCAACCAGGUGAAAGAGGAAAUGUUGGCUUACCUGGUGAAAAGGGUAUUACUGGUGACGCUGGAAGACCUGGCCCUCAAGGAUUGCAAGGUCCUAGAGGUGUAGUAGGGCGACCAGGAAUAUCCGGCAAACAAGGGCCGCCUGGAGAUCGUGGUAUACCCGGAGCAGACGGCAGGCCCGGAGAAAUGGGACCUCAAGGUUUACAAGGAACCCCUGGACCCAUGGGGAGCCCUGGCGAACGAGGAAUGCAAGGCGAGCCCGGAAAAGAUGGAGAGAUGGGCCAACCUGGUCCUGAAGGCCGGAAGGGUGAUGCAGGACGGGAUGGUAGCCCUGGCAUCCAGGGCGCACAGGGUCUCCCGGGGCCCGCUGGUGAAAGGGGACCGGCCGGGCCAGCGGGGCCGACAGGUUUCCCUGGUAUGCCGGGAGCUGCCGGCUUACCCGGAUCUUCGGGCAAAGACGGCGAGCCCGGCGUGGCGGGGCCGGCGGGCACGCCGGGGCCGGCCGGGCCGCGGGGCGAGCGGGGCUUCAACGGCGACCGUGGCCUCCCGGGGCCGGCGGGCGCGUCCGGCGAGAAAGGCGACGUGGGAGCGCAAGGACCUGAUGGACCCGCGGGUCCGGAAGGUCCGAGAGGGAGCAAAGGUCAACAAGGACACCCCGGAGCUCUAGGAUUGCCGGGACCAAGAGGACCCACUGGAGCAGCAGGCGAAAAAGGCGAACGCGGUUCACCGGGCCCCGCGGGCAAUGAUGGACCUACUGGACGUCAAGGAGAACAAGGUCCACAAGGACCUGUGGGCCCGGCCGGGCCCCCUGGUGAGCCGGCCGAGAGAGGCGAGCCUGGAGCGCCCGGCACUCCAGGUGAAGCCGGCGCCAACGGCUCGCCCGGCGAGCGCGGGCAGCCCGGCCUGCAGGGCGCGCAAGGCUUGCCCGGCUCUCCUGGCCUCACGGGCAUGCCCGGCAUCAAGGGCGACAGGGGCUACAGCGGACUCAAGGGCCAACAAGGCGCUCCUGGCAGCCCAGGCGUUGCUGGAGAACCUGGCCUGCGAGGCCUUCCAGGCUUAGCGGGCGCUAAGGGAGCACGAGGCGAGCAUGGCCUUAAAGGAGAAUCAGGACAUCCUGGUCUUCCGGGAAGACCCGGUGACCUUGGACCGCAGGGUCCUCAAGGAAGCCCUGGACCGGCGGGAACACCUGGUCUUGCCGGACCAAAGGGAGCAACCGGUGAUGCUGGCAGACCAGGCGCCCCGGGGCCCCAAGGGCUCACAGGUCCUCAGGGUCCAGAAGGCGUCAAAGGCGAAAGAGGCAGCGAGGGCGAGACCGGACCCCAGGGUCCUGCGGGACCUGCGGGACCGCCUGGAGAGAGGGGACCAAGUGGCUUGCCGGGGAUGGCAGGACAGCCCGGACCUCAAGGAUUACGUGGAGCUCAGGGUGAAAGUGGAACCCCCGGCAAACCAGGUGCUGACGGUGCUCCAGGACCCAUAGGGUCUCCUGGACUGCAAGGCCCGCCCGGUCCCAUGGGAGAGCAAGGGCCGGAGGGCCGCCCCGGGAAACUGGGGCAACCGGGCAUCCCUGGCAGGCCGGGAGACAAGGGGCCGGCCGGACAGCCGGGAAUUUCUGGACCACCCGGUACACCUGGAUUACAGGGUCCUCCGGGGCAAGCUGGACCUCCCGGUCCGGUGGGUGAACGCGGACAACGCGGCGAACCUGGUCCUGCUGGCGUGGACGGGCCUCGAGGGCCUGCCGGCAAGCAGGGAGCUCCUGGCUUCGACGGCGCUAAAGGAGAGAGGGGUGAAGCUGGGCUAGAUGGAGCCAAGGGGCACGCCGGCCUCCCAGGCCUGCCGGGAACGGUUGGUGCGCCGGGACGUGUGGGAGAACGAGGCCUGCCAGGACCGACGGGGCCGCCAGGAAAAGACGGCGAUUCUGGCCCUAGAGGCACUCCCGGGCGCGACGGUGCUCCUGGCCCUCAAGGCCCGGCGGGCCCGCCCGGAGGCCGAGGACCCGCAGGCGAGCCUGGACGACACGGGCCUCCCGGACCGGCCGGGCCGCCGGGUCCUCCCGGACCUGCCGGUGAAGGCCUGGCUUACGACGCUGCUGCUCUUGCUGCAAUGAUGCAACAAGGUUCAAUUAAAGGCCCCGACCCACUUAACGACGAUCCCAACUUGCUGCCAUCGCGUUUCUUCAAGGACGACAUGACGGCUGCAGAGCGCAAAGAAAUAGUGACUAAAGCAUACGAACGUCUAAAGGUGUCCUUGGAUAAAUUCCUAAGGCCAGACGGCUCGCAAGACGCGCCCGGCAAGACCUGUGGGGACAUCAAAUAUCAUCACCCUGGAUUUGUGAGUGGUCAGUACUGGAUCGACCCGAACGGCGGCGACAUCAACGACGCGAUCCUGGUGCACUGCGACAUGGACACGGGCAGCAGCUGCAUCUACCCCAAGCCAAUGGAGUCCAAGAACAUCUCUUACAAAGGCAAGGAGAAGGAGGUCUGGCUCAGCGAGCUGGAAGACGGUUUCACUAUCACUUACAAGGCGGACCACAGCCAGCUGAUGUACCUGCAGCUGCUGUCGCGCCGCGCCGCGCAGAAUGUGACUCUGCACUGCCGCAAUACCGUGGGCUACUACGACCCCGAGGCGCGCCAUCACCGCCGCGGCCUCAAGUUACUCGCCUACAACGACGCCGAGAUUCUGCCCCGUGCAAACAACCGCCUGCGGUACACGCCUGUGCUGGAUGACUGCCAGUACAAGUCGCAAGAAUGGGCGAAGACCAUCGUGGAGUUCUCAACAGACAAGUCCGGGCGGCUGCCGCUGCUGGACGUGGCGGUGCGCGACCUGGGCCGCGGGCAGCAGGCUUUCCGCGUCGAACUGGGGCUGGCCUGCUUCACGUAGCGGUGAAGAUGCAACUCCAAAUGACGAGAUCACAAAAUUUGCAAUUUUUCGUUAGUAGUGGAAGAGAUGUCUAAGAAACAUCGUGUCCCCUAGUUUGACAUCUAAAAUAGAUGGUGCAGUACAGCGCCAUAUGUAUAGUGGUCACUUGAUUGUCAAACGCCAACUUUUGACAACCUAAGUGAUAACUUGGCGUUGGGGUUGGUUGGUGGGUUGGUUGUGAUAACAUAUCAUAAUGUACGUACAGCGUUAUCUACCAGUUGUCAAAUUCUAAGCACGAAUUUAUCAUAAACUUUACACAUCAUAACUACCAAUACCAACCAAGGAACUACUUAUGAAAAGUUGAUGGUCGUCAUUACUGUCAUUAGGUAAUUAUAACCUAGACUUUCUUUUAUUGUACUUAUUACGUCGCACUGGUAGGAGAUAGAAAAUGUGUUUAGGAGAAUUGAGCUAGGCGAACUACCGGCUCUGUAUGAUAGGCGGUAUUGUAAUACUGAAUUCCUCAAUAUAUAAUUAUUUCGUUUCGUAUAAUU